AAAGAGUCUGUGAAUGCCAAAAAUUGACCAAAACAAAACAGCAGUGGAAAAGGUGAAUUAGGUAAAGCAAAGGGCGUUGUUUGUUGCUGGCUAAUUUCGUCCCUGUGCCUGUAUAAGUAUUGGAUCUCAAAACCUUGACGGAUUUUUCAAUCUCAAUCUCAAUCUCAAUCUCAAGAGACAGACACGGCAUCAUCUUCAUCAGACAACACAAACAAAGUUUCCCUCUUUCCCACCCUAAAUUGAAACCCCAAAAAAAAAGGUUCGGUUUUAACCUUAAAGAUCUCAAAUUUUCCUUCACGUAUUCUUAUGUUGAUUGAUGAAUUGGAUUUGGAUUGUGGAGCUUCCUAUUAAAUCUAAAACUGAAUAAUUAGGUAACUGCAACUGCAACUGCUGGUUCAAAGUUCUGGUUUUUAAGUAAGGGGUUGUAGGUAACAGUCGUUGAGCUCAACAUUCUUCUACUUUUUGAGGUGGGGUUUUGUCAUUCUCUGCCAUUUUUUAUUUAUUUUUGCAAAGUUGGGGAUCUUUGUUUUUCCAGAGAAAGACAGUUUUUUUUUUUUUUUUGGUUUUUGUUUCUGAGUUCAAUUAAGUGGAUUUUUCAACUUUGUAUUGUGGGGAUAAAAAAAAUGAAAAUCGUAUGUACUGCAAUACAAUUUCUUUUUCUUGUUGUGUCUGAACCCAGUUAAUGCCAUGGUGAACUGAUUAUUAGAGAAAGGCAGUUUUUUCUCUUGGUUUGGCUUUCUGGGGUUCAAUUAUUUUGUAGAGAAUACAGUUUCUUAGGAAAAUAAGAUAGAAUCAAAGAAAAUGCAUGCCCGGCAUCGAAGUCCUGGAAAUGGCUAUAGGUCCAAUUCCAUGGGAAUGGGCAUGGCUUCAUCUCGGAUCUCCCCCGAAGGUUCAGUUAGGGGACAUGGGUUUUAUGGCUCUGAAUUCCGGAACUUCAAUCGAGGUUUUGGCCGUGGCCAAGGCCACCCAAAAUCAUUUCAAUCACCACAUACACAGGCACAACCACCACCACCACCACCGCCGCCACCACCACUGCCGCCUCGCAGAGGUGACAUUUUCAUGGAAGCAGGGCGGCUUGCAGCCGAGUAUUUAGUUACUCAAGGAUUGCUGCCUCCAAGCGCACUUUCUGUUAAGUGGCAGAAUGGUACUUUGAAGAAGCCGUUGGGGGAGUUUCAAGAGGGAGAUGGAUUUCCCCUUCCACCGGAGGGUCGAGCAUCUGCCCUUUCUCGUUUAGGGAGUGCUGCUUCUGAUGUUGGGAUGGGUAGGAGAAAAUUUGGGGAUGAUUUUACUAACAAAGGCAGGAGAAGAGCAACAUCUUUUCGGGGUUAUGGCUCGGAUUAUAGCCGAGAGUAUAGGAGAAGUGGCUCUUGGUCUGAUAGUAGAACAAAGUCAUCUGCUGAUGUUGAUGGUGAUGAUGACACUGCUUCUGGACACUACCAAGAGGAGCAGCAAGUUGGUAAAGAUGUUACUAAUGGAGUGCAGAUGUCAACUCCAAGUGACUUAGCACCCAAAAAUGAGGAUGCCGGUGAUUCAGAAUCUGAGUUUGACAAAUACCAGUACCAAGAUGAUACGAGCUCAAAAGCAAGUUCUUCUGGUGCUGGGAAAGAUCUCCAGCAUGAGAAUAAUGGGGAAUUCUCCAGGAGUUCUGAUGAUUCCAAGAAUGUUAGUGCGGGAAUUGGGGAGGAAAAUGAUGGCAAUAGUAUUGAUGAAGCUGACAAACAGAGUGCUAAACAAGAUUUAACCAUCCAGGAUAAUGUUGUGGAGGGCAAUCCCUCAGACAAGAACAACACUACUGAUUUGCUAACACUUUGCAAAUUUGCCAAGGUGCCCACAAGAACUCGCUCUGCAUUGACACAUAGGGUCCCAAGGGUUGAUGCAGUUCCCAAGACUGAGUUGUCUAUUGCUUUUGAUAUGCAGCCUCCAACAGGAUCUGAAAUCUUAGUUGAAGAUGCCUCCUUGGGUGAUGCAUCUUCAAAUAAAAUUCAUGAUUCUAAGAGUCUUGACUCUGAAGUUUCUAAAGCUCAGUUCCUCCAGUCUGCUGAAAAUUUGGUCGAAUUAGAUUCUGCAGAUAAUAUUGAGCAGGGUAAAUUUGCAACUCAAUCUUUCCCAGAUGGAGCUUCUAUGCAUGACAGUGAGCAAGAAUCGAGUCAGGGUCUGGCUGGUUUUGCAAGUUGUAGUUCAAUUGCUAAGGAAAGAGGUGAAAAACGUGCUUUAGACGAUAGCGAUAUGAGGGAGGAAACGAAAAAACCUAGAGAUUGGAUUCCCUCUCUUGUAACAAAGGGUGAUGAGUAUUUUCACAUUUCUAAUUCAAGUGUGAAGAAAGAGAGCUUGCCGGAAGAUGAGGCUACACCUAGCGAGAGCAUGAUUGUGGUUAUUGAUCAUGAGAGCUUGAAGAAUGAUUCUCAGUUCCCUAAUGCUGGGGCUGAACAGUGUAUUGACUAUGCACAAGAGAAGCAGCUUUUUCCUAGUUCAUAUAAAAUCUGUGAUCUAAAUCUCAUGGGAGCUUCUGACACAAAUGAGAAUCAUGAUAAUGAUCCUAUGCAUAUUUACGACCCUAUUUCCAGAAACAGAAAAGAAGUGGCACCGGUUGAUGUUGACUUAUCAAUGAGUAAUUCCAAGGUGUCUGGUGGAUAUAGUAGACAUGUCACUGAUGGCAAAGAGAUUGAAGUCAUUGAUUUAGAAAAUGAUUCUACCACUGACGAUAAGACCUUCCAUAAUGCAGAGAGAAAGACUGAGACUGCAUAUACGGGCCUUGAGGGCUUUUCUAAUAAUGCACAGAAUACCAAUGAUAUUCCUGAUGUUCAGGAUGGUUAUGGGCUUAUGAUCUCGGAGUUGCUUGGAGGGGAUUUUCCAAAUUGUUCUUCAGUACCAGGUGACAUUAGUUCAAUGCACAAUGAGAUGGGCCUUCCUAAUGGAGAGGGGUCUCUUGCUGAUGAUGAUUCGAUAUAUAUGUCCCUGGGAGAAAUACCAUUAAGUAUGCCAGAUAUUUAAUUUCAUGGCUUUUUGCCAGCCUGGGAGCAGCCACCACAACAGGGGUAUGAGAAGCCCUUCUGAACCAGCUGACUCAGAUCUCCUCAGGAAAUAUGACUUGGUACGCUUAGUAUUGAUUGCUGGGAUCAUUAGCUCUAUCAAAAUGCAACUGUUUGCCUCUUCUUCAUUUAAGAGUUGCCAUUAGAUGUCAUCUUCUAAUAGGGAUUUUACAGAUGCCAAAUGCUUGUGUUCAAUUUGGCUGUUGUACUUCAUUGUGUAUCAGAAAAGUUAAAUCUUGUUUCUUAGAAAAGUUGUUAAAGCUACAUCUUUUACUUGUCUGCCUCACUUACCCCGCAUUCAGAUAUAACAUGAACAGAUUAGAUUAUCAUAGAUGUAAUGUUAAGACAACAUAUUAGAUUAUAAUCUACUUUUACUCUUAGUAUAGGCGACAA